GAAGAGGACCUGGAGAUUGAGGGGAAGGGAGAGAGCAAACAAAGGGGUCAGGAGGGAAAAUAAUGCACUGGCUUCCUGAGCCCCUGCAGAGGCUGAGCAGGGAGAAGGGGCCAGGGCCAGAGGGGACAGAGGCUGGCGGCAGAUAGGCCGGGGCAGACAGGUCCUAAAUGGCAUUGUUUGAAGGGGCCGGCUAGCUGCACAGCGCAGUCUGAGCCUGAGACCCUAGCCCUGGCCCCUCCUCUGUCCUGGGUGCUGGUGUCUGAGCCUUCGGGAUAGACUGUCCACAUGGAACCAAGUCCUGAGCCUCCGAGCUUGGAAAGCAUGAAGGGAGACACCAGGCAUCUCAAUGGAGAGGAGGACGCCAGCGGGAGGGAAGACUCUAUCCUCGUCAAUGGGGCCUGCAGUGACCAGUCCUCCGACUCGCCCCCAAUCCUGGAGGCCAUCCGCACCCCCGAGAUCAGAGGCCGAAGAUCAAGCUUGAGACUCUCCAAGAGGGAGGUGUCCAGUCUGCUAAGCUAUACGCAGGACUUGACAGGCAAUGGCGACGGGGAAGAUGGGGAUGGCUCUGACACCCCAGUGAUGCCGAAGCUCUUCCGGGAAACCAGGACUCGGUCAGAAAGCCCAGCUGUCCGAACCCGAAAUAACAACAGUGCCUCCAGCAGGGAGAGGCACAGGCCUUCCCCACGUUCCACCCGAGGCCGGCAGGCCCGCAGCCAUGUGGAGGAGUCCCCCGUGGAGUUCCCGGCUACCAGGUCCCUGAGACGGCGGGCGACAGCAUCGGCAGGCAUGCCAUGGUCGUCCCCUCCCAGCCCUUACCUCACCAUCGACCUCACGGACGAUACAGAGGACACAGAUGUGAUGCCCCAGAGCAGCAGUACCCCCUACGCCCGCCUAGCCCAGGACAACCAUCAGGAGGGCAUGGAGUCCCCGCAGGUGGAGGCAGACAGUAGAGAUGGAGACAGUUCAGAGUAUCAGGAUGGGAAGGAGUUUGGAAUAGGGGACCUCGUGUGGGGGAAGAUCAAGGGCUUCUCCUGGUGGCCUGCCAUGGUGGUAUCUUGGAAGGCCACCUCCAAGCGACAGGCCAUGUCAGGCAUGCGGUGGGUCCAGUGGUUUGGCGAUGGCAAGUUCUCCGAGGUCUCUGCAGACAAACUGGUGGCACUGGGGCUGUUCAGCCAGCACUUUAAUUUGGCCACCUUCAAUAAGCUCGUCUCCUAUCGAAAAGCCAUGUACCAUGCUCUGGAGAAAGCUAGGGUGCGAGCUGGCAAGACCUUCCCCAGCAGCCCUGGAGACUCAUUGGAGGACCAGCUGAAGCCCAUGCUGGAGUGGGCCCACGGGGGCUUCAAGCCCACUGGGAUCGAGGGCCUCAAACCCAACAACACGCAACCAGAGAACAAGACUCGAAGACGCACAGCUGACGACUCGGCCGCCUCUGACUACUGCCCCCCACCCAAGCGCCUCAAGACAAAUUGCUAUAACAAUGGCAAAGACCGAGGGGAUGAAGAUCAGACCCGAGAACAAAUGGCUUCAGACGUUGCCAACAACAAGAGCAGCCUGGAAGAUGGCUGUUUGUCUUGUGGCAGGAAAAAUCCCGUGUCCUUCCACCCUCUCUUUGAGGGGGGGCUCUGUCAGACAUGCCGGGAUCGGUUCCUUGAGCUGUUUUACAUGUAUGAUGACGAUGGCUAUCAGUCUUACUGCACCGUGUGCUGUGAGGGCCGAGAGCUGCUGCUUUGCAGCAACACGAGCUGCUGCCGGUGCUUCUGUGUGGAGUGCUUGGAGGUGCUGGUGGGCACAGGCACAGCGGCUGAGGCCAAACUGCAGGAGCCCUGGAGCUGCUACAUGUGUCUCCCGCAGCGCUGUCACGGCAUCCUGCGGCGCCGAAAGGACUGGAACGUGCGCCUACAGGCCUUCUUCACCAGUGACACGGGGCUUGAAUAUGAAGCCCCCAAGCUGUACCCUGCCAUUCCCGCAGCCCGAAGGCGGCCCAUUCGAGUCCUGUCUCUGUUUGAUGGAAUCGCAACAGGCUACCUAGUCCUCAAAGAGUUGGGCAUAAAGGUGGGAAAGUACGUCGCCUCCGAAGUGUGUGAGGAGUCCAUCGCUGUUGGAACCGUGAAGCACGAGGGGAAUAUCAAAUAUGUGAACGACGUGAGGAACAUCACAAAGAAAAAUAUUGAAGAAUGGGGCCCAUUUGACUUGGUGAUUGGUGGAAGCCCAUGCAAUGAUCUCUCAAAUGUGAAUCCAGCCAGGAAAGGCCUAUAUGAGGGCACAGGCCGGCUCUUCUUCGAAUUUUACCACCUGCUGAAUUACUCACGCCCCAAGGAGGGUGAUGACCGGCCGUUCUUCUGGAUGUUUGAGAAUGUUGUAGCCAUGAAGGUUGGCGACAAGAGGGACAUCUCGCGGUUCCUGGAGUGUAAUCCAGUGAUGAUUGAUGCCAUCAAAGUUUCUGCUGCUCACAGGGCCCGAUAUUUUUGGGGCAACCUUCCUGGGAUGAACAGGGACAGCAUCUGGAAAUGGAAGUAGAUUGUUGUUAGCAGUGCCUUUCUUCCUGCCCCAGAGAUGAAGCGAUCUUGGCCAGGCUUGUGUUGACCAACCAGGUGGCAGAGCUGCUAUGACAAACAAUAGCCCGAAGACCAUCUCCCUCAGAUUCUCGUCACCAGGAGCAUUUAUCAUAUACUAAAGACAGUUCAGUCUUCAGACCCGCUGAAAGCCACAAAGCAGGCAGCUUCGUUGAGGAUUAUCUCCUCUAUAUGUGGUUUCAAGGAGAAGAACUUGCUAAUUAAGAUGUAAAAUGUGAUGGUAAUGUGAUAUUCCAGACUUGCAAAUGAGUGAAGCUUAAAACAUUCUCCUGUAGAAUGAGGUGUGGGAACACAAUGACCUUCUGCCACUUAGUGAAGUGUGGACAGAGGACAGGGUCCUGGGGUAGCCUGCAAGAUUUUUGUUGGCUACCUUGCCUGUGUACUUGGCUAAGCAGCCAGUCUUAGGGUACCAUCCCAGUGUCUGGAAUUAAAUGGGUUAAUUCCUUCAACAUUUGAGCUCCCAGUCUGUCAGACACUGUCACGCUGUUGCCAUUUUUGAGGUUAAACACAUCAUGUCUAUCUUGGCUUUCAUGAUAGUGAGAUGCUUAUCGGGGAGGGGAGAGAAGACAGUGCUUGGGGUUUAUUGCUGGCGGAUGGGCAUUGCAUGGUUGAUGGGAGGGCUUAUUCUAGCCAGAGCCGGCAGUGAAGGAAUGGAGCCAUGCAGUUAUUAGACUACUCCAGAUAGAAGGAAGAGGGUCUGGGAUGAUGGCAAACAUCCCCAGACCAGCUCAGAACACCUAGGUGGGGUGGCUGGGAAAGAAGGGCCAAGUAACAUAGGCCUUAAUGUGGUAACACCGAAAUCGCUUUGGCCUGGGAAGUUAAAGAUGAGAUGAAUUGUGUCCUACAUUCAUGGCAGUUUCUGGGUGGAUUAUAGACAACAGCAGGAUGUAAGCAGGAAUGGGGAUACAUGAGGUGACUAGAUGGCUCAAAGGAGAGAUGACUGAUGAUGAUGUGGUGCCCCAGGAGGUGCCAUCCCCAGAGAACACAAUGUGAGUGGUGGCCCCUGGGGUUUGCAGCACUGCAGUCCUGUGACUUAGCAAGGAGGGGUCAGAGUCAGGAUAUUUAGAGGGUAGGACAUUUGCUGAAGCAUUGAAUGUGUGGGUUAGGAGGCGGAAGGAUCAGUGAGACCUGAUGCAGGUCCGAUGCUGUGACUAAGCUAUGUAGGCUUAUAGGAUGGGUGUGUCAAGCAUCAUGUAGAGGACAGACCCAAGUUAUCUGGCUUAUUUAGAUCUUAAUUCUGCAAUCAGCACAAGGUGGGGCUGUGCAGUGUCCUUUUCUUCUGGUCUCUCAGCUCCCUUGGGUCCAUGACGGUGGUAGGAAUGGUGAUAGAGGUGGCAUUUGAAGCCUGGCAGGUAAGGUCAAGGAAAUGUAUCAGUCUAGGGACAUAUGUUUUGUGAUUUCCCCAUCCCCUCUGUGGGCACGGUUCCCAUUCUCAUGUCUUGAGUUUUUUGGCCUUGACAUCCCUAACAUGAGUUACUGUGGUCAUCCUGAAUUCCGUGCUCUUGCUCUGGUUUCUGUUCUGGAGCUGCUCGGCUACUUUCAGUUCUAUCCCUUGCCCUUCUUAGUCAUCUGUUUGCCUCUCUGCAUUUGCAAAAUAGUUUUCAAGGGUGAAAUUUAAAAGAGUGCUUGGUCCUUUUGUGACCCACCUCCUGUCCAUUGUAAUGAAAAUGCCAUCUACUGCUUUUUUCUGUUUUUAUUUUUGCCUUAAGAUACUGGGUCUGUCUCCCAGGCUGGAGAGCGGAGUUGUAAUCAUGACUCACUGCAGCCUCUAACUCCUAGGCUUAAGUGAUCCUCCUGCUUUGAACUCCCAAAGUGCUGGGAUUAUUGGUAGGAACCGCUGCAGCCAGUUGCCAUUAACUUUUAAAGCCUUCUGAGGCAGCAUCCCCAGCAGUGAGCCACCAAACCAUGGGUGUGAUGUAGUAGUGAUUGUAUCAGGUAGACCCACAAAAAUCUAAACCAAAUCACUUUACAAUAGACAGGAAGCUCAAAGGGGUAGUGUGCCUUGCUCAAGCUCACUCAGACAGUGAGCAGUGGAGGGAGGACCUGAGGUUUCUCCUGUCCCACUCCUGUGUAGUGUUCUUGCUCAAUGGGAACCUGACUUUGAAGUCCUGGUAGGGGAGCAUUACCCCCUGAAUGCUGGACUGUCCCCUCUUGGGGCUAGCCCAUCCCUGGCUUUGGCACACAUGCCUGUCCUCAAUGCCAGAAUCAGUUUCAUCAUUUAAUGUAGCAGGUGCACUGCCAGGGGACAUCUCUGCAACACAGGCCCUCACUCCCACCUUGUGCCUAGCAGAGGACCCUCUACAGCUAGUAAAAAGUAAUGGGUUUUGGCUGU